AUGCCCAGCUACCGUACCUGCACAGAAGUCAGCCCGAUCUGUCCGGUCGAGGCCACGACGUACGGCUACUACCCGAACCUAGGCGGCAACAUCUUCUUCACCGUCUUCUUCGGCAUCCUCGCUAUCCUCCAGCUCGGCAUCGGCGUCUACUACCGCACAUGGACCUUCAUGGUCGCGCUCGCCGUGGGCGCCGUUCUCGAGAUGGCCGGCUACAUCGGCCGGGUGCUGAUGCACAGUAACCCCUGGGAUGAAUCCGCCUUCAAGCUGCAGAUCGUCUGUCUCGUUCUCGCGCCAACCUUCGUCGCGGCGGGCAUCUACCUGACGCUGAAACACAUCAUCCUCGCCCUGGGACCCGAGCACUCCCGGCUCAAACCCCGACUCUUCACCUGGAUCUUCAUCGGCUGCGACGUGGGCUCGCUCAUCCUGCAGGCUGCGGGUGGCGGCGUCGCUGCGGCGGCAGGAAAUACCAACCAGGCGCUGCUCAAGGCAGGAGACGACAUCAUCAUCGCCGGUAUCGCGUUCCAGGUCGCGACGAUGUCGGUCUGCGGUCUCCUUGGACUCGAGUUCUUCAUCCGCUACGGGAAACGGGGGCCUGGGCUUUCGGGGGAAAAGACCUCCGUUGGGAGAAACAUCAAAUGGGUCAUCCUCGGCGAGAUCCUCGCCUACUUCACCGUCCUGAUCCGUUGUAUCUACCGUAUCCCCGAAAUGGCCGGCGGAUGGGGCAACCCCCUGAUGCAAAAGGAAAACGAGUUUCUCGUCCUCGACGGAAUGAUGAUCGCACUAGCAGUUCUUACCCUCACAGUCCUCCACCCUGGGUUCUUCUUCGGCUCUAUCCGAAAGGGUCCCAAGAACCAGCCCUAA